UAAAGUGUUGAUUGCACCAGAAAAGUUAUAAAAUAAUUAUCAAAUCAUAUUUCAGUAUAACUAACUAGACUAUUUGUUUAAUACCAUAAAAACAAGUAAAAUUGAACAUACUUUAAACCAGUGCAUGCAUAAAGUAAUAGCUAAUUGUUGGUCUCUCUUUCUUUCUUCAUAUCGAAUCAACUCAAAUCACCAUUCUAAAUUGUAUCUCUAUUAUACUAAACUAACUGUAUAUAAAUUGUUAGAUUGAAUCAUAGAGAAAUAUACUUCGACAUAAGACUCAAAUGAUUAUCUUAUGCCUUGAAAGACUAUAUAGAAAAUCAUAUAAAAAUAAUGUAAUCAAAAGUGUAAUUUUGGGAAUUUAUUUAUUUAUAAUAUUGCUCAUAGUGCAUCGAUUGUUUAAUCCACUUUAUAAAUACAAAAAUUACAGAAAUCUAUUUUCAUUUGAACGUUAUCAUGAAGUAAAACGUAUAUGUGAAUACUUAUUCAAAAAUCCUGUGGAAAAUUCUAGUCAUGGAGUUGUUGAAAGCAUUCAGACAAAUUGGAAUCAAGACUAUUCAAGUCUAUCAAAUCCAAGUACUUGUAAAGAGUUCAAGUUAUUUCAAGGAUAUACUGUCCAUUCCUCUAUGGAAGAAGAACAAUUUCCACUCGCAUUCAGCUUAUCUGUCCAUGAAAACAUUAGACAAGUAUCUCGUCUUCUUCGAUUGAUUUACAGACCACAAAACUUGUACUGUAUCCAUGUGGAUUCUAAAUCUCCACAACAGUUUUAUGAUGAAGUGAUGGAGAUGGCUAAAUGCUUUGGUUCUAAUGUUAUGGUAGUCAACCGGUCAGAGAGUGUUGAUGUUCAAUGGGGCUAUUAUUCCAUACUUGAGGUGUUUCUACUGUGUGCAGAUAAACUAAUGAAGAAUACUAAAUAUAUGUGGAAGUAUAUUCUAAAUGUGAGUGGACAGGAACUACCCCUGAGAACAAAUUGGGAAUUGGUAGCAGCACUGAAAGCAAUAAAUGGAUCGAAUGUUGUUGAAGGUCUUGGUCCCAGACAUAAUCCAUCACGAUGGCCUCAAAAAAACUUUUCAUUUCCUAUUAUUUGGAAUAAAGGCAGUUUUUAUAUGGCCUUAAAACGGGAAUUUGUUCAUUUCUAUCAAACUGAUUCAAAAGCGAACGAAAUACUUAAUGCUAUAAAGGCAGAAAGGCAUUUACAAAAGCAUCCAGAUGAAUUAUUUUUUCCUACACUUACUCAUAAUCCAAAAAUUGGUGCACCAGGUGCUUGUAAAGAAAUUCAUGAAACUGAUUAUUCUGAUCCACGGAAAAGAUUUGUUGCACGUUAUGUCACAUGGUUUGAAGAAGGCUGUAAAAGUUCAAGGGUUCGUCGUGCUGUGUGUAUUAUAGGUGCAGCUAACCUACCAUAUAUACCAUCACGUCUGGAAUUCUUCGCUAACAAGUUUCAUGCCGAUUUUGAACCUAUUGCUUACGAUUGUACAGAAUAUUAUAUUAUGAAAAAGGUAUUAAAAGAAAUGCGAACUAACCGACUUGAUCCAAACUUUAAUCUUACUCAUUAUACUCAACUACAUUGUUCACAGAAUCAUAUAUAGUUUCAACAGAAAACUGUUUACUUUUGUAGGUAAUACUUCUACUGACUUCUUACAACAAGUAUGCAUGAAGUUUCUGUUGUCUCCAGAGUCAUUUUUGUUGGAAAGAUUAUUUCGCCUUCUUUUAAGUCACUUAAAAUUAUUGUAAAGCAAUAUGCAGUCGCAUUAAACCAGAUAUUUUAUUAUUA